CCCCAGUCCACCCUGCUUUCUCUUUGAGUGCAGAGAGCUAUUAGAGGAGGAGGAGGUUCUAUAAGAGUCACUCCUCCAUGGGCUGGAUUUGGAUGCUGAUGUGCUGCCGAUCAAACACCCGAACACUAGAGCUUUCCUCUCAUACUUUAUCAACAACAAAUCCCUUCAUUUACUGAGGCCGAGUGGGGUAACAUGCUUCAUCCGUGAGCAUCUGAGCGCAGGACUCUCAUUUAUCCUUCAUUUCUAUUUAUUUGUCAGAUUAAAUCAACAGGUGACUCGCGUGAUGCCCAGCCAGACUCUGCGCCCGCGUCUCUGCGUCCUGGAGAAGGGCGAGAACGGAUACGGCUUCCAUCUGCACGGAGAGAAGGGCAAAAGCGGCCAGUUCAUCCGCCUGGUGGAGCCCGACUCCCCCGCCGAGGUGUCCGGUCUGCGCGCCGGCGACAGGUUGGCGUUCGUGAACGGAGAGCGCGUGGAGAGCGACAGCCAUCAGCAGGUCGUGGAGAGGAUACGCGCGAGCGCCGGGAACCUGGAGCUUAUAGUGGUGGACGUGGACACCGACCAGCUGCUGAAGAAACACGAGCUGAAGUGUUUGAAGGAGUUUGUCACGGAGGGCGUUCCAGUGCCCGAGUGUGAAGAUGAGGCCGAGGUCAGCGACGAGAUGAUGCGGGAAGACACGCCGCCGCCGCCGGUGCCGGAGAGGAACGGAGAAAUCGUUCCCGUUCACCUUCCCUCGGUGGAGAAACUCAGAACAUCCGUGAGCUCAGAAACGGACUUGAAGACCCAUCUCAGACCCCGGCUAUGUGUCAUUAAGAAAGGUCCCAGUGGCUUCGGCUUUAACCUGCACAGCGAGAAGUCCAGACCCGGCCAGUUCAUCAGAGCUAUAGAUGACGACUCGCCAGCACAGAGAUCCGGCCUGAGGCCCAAAGACCGGUUAAUACAGGUCAACCGGGUUUUGGUGGAUGUGAAGCAGCAUGCUGAGGUGGUGGCUGCUAUUAAAGCCGGGGGUGACAGCACGACACUCUUGGUCGUAGAUCCAGACACAGAUGCUUUCUUCAAGAAGUGUCGAGUGACGCCCACUGCAGAUCACCUCACAGGACCACUGCCUGAACCUGUGGUCAACGGAGACAUGGAGGGCACGGUUAAUGGAAAUGUGGCCAAAGACGUGGAGCUGAAGAACUCAAAGUUAUCAAUAAGUCCGUCCCCAUCCAACGCAUCCUCCAAUGCCUCCCUCACGACUCCGCCCACUGAGGCUGUGGAGCCAUCCAUCACAGAUGCCAUCCCAGAGCUCAGUCUGUCCCUCCAGCAGGUGAAAGAGCGUGCGCACCAGAAACGCUCCAACAAGAGAGCUCCACCCAUGGACUGGAACAAGAAAAAUGAACUCUUCAGUAACCUAUAGACCUCCGGUCGUCCAUCCACCCAUUCAUCCCUCCAUCAGCUCUGUUUAAGACUUGAUGAAACCGAGAGUAUGCUCAAUAUGAUGUAUGUACAGUGUGUAUAUGUACACACAGAUUUAUAUGUAUCCAGAAUUAUGUAUGUUAAUUACUAACAGAUUAUAUUAGAUGACAUCAGCUACAGGGGAAAUGGAAUGUAACAUUCUACAACUGAUGUAUUACAAUCAUUGGCUGUGUUCAGAAUGGAGUACUAACUUACUGUAAUAUGACUGCUGACUGAAAACUGCAUACUGUUUUAGAAUAUAGUAAAACAGUAGUAGUAGUAGUGUUAUGCUGUAAUGCAUACUGUGUGGUAUUGUAGACUUUUGUCACACAACCACUACAUUGCAUGUUUAAUUUAAUGAGCAGCAUCCAGUUAUAAUCUUGAAAAUAAAGUUUAUUUUGUAUUAAUUCAAUGCUGUGUACUUUUAAUGUAUGGAAAUUUGAUUAAACAAUUGAUAAAAACUUCCAAGUUCUUUGGAAAUGGAAAGCCAAGUCACAUUGCAUCGUGGGAUAUUUCAGCAUCUGUGCACACAAUACAUUACACAGAAGAUAAUAUUAUGUUAGUAUGCUAUUCUGAACAGAGCCAUUGUGUCUAAUCCAGCAUGUUUGACAUAGAGCAGAUGUGAUUCUGCCAUGUGUGUUCAGUGAGUUUGGUUUCUGACUGACUUUUUAUAGCCACUCUCAGUCUCAUUUCUCUACCAAUUCUGUUGAGAUUAAUUUCAUUGUUUUAUAAUGAAGGACCAAAUGAAGAGUGGAUAGAAGUGAAUCCUAAACUCCUGACUAUCAGCCAAUGAGUGUGUUUGAUGAUUUUGAAUGACUGAGCACACUGAAAUCUAAUCUGCAAUUUAGCAUUUUGUAUUAAAUACAACAUUAAAUAGAAAAAGGAUUGAGAUGUUUGGAUGUUGGCAUGUAACAAUACAUUUAGUUCAGAAAAUAUAUUUUGGGAAAUUA